GCAGCCAUGGAGGAGAUGACGAUCUGGGAGCAGCACACGGUGACGCUAAGACUCUCAGCGAGGCUUUGGCUUCGCUGUCUCCGGAGGCCGGGACCGUCCCAGCAAGACGACAGGGGACACAGCCGUGUUCGUUUCGGAUGUGGUGUCUGGGGGACCGGCGGCCGGCUGAAGGAUCACAUCGUGAUGGUGAAUGGCCUUUCCAUGGAGAAUGUUGCUUCCUCUUUCGCCAUCCAGACGCUUAAGACCUGCGGCAAGAUCGCCAACAUCGUGAAGGCAGCUUUAUUCACCCGCUGCUCUGCUCCUUUCCACCCGCAGACGCUCAAGAGGCCCAGGAAGGUCCAGCUGCCCGUGAGCAAGAGCCGCGAGGCCCCGCGGGGUGACUCGGAUGAGGAGCAUGACGAGGGCCAUGGCGCCGAGGCGGCCCCGCGCGUGUCCGGCACCCAGCACUCCCGGGACGACCUGCGCCACAGCCAGGGCUAUGACGGGGACUCCUCCAGCGAGAGUUCCGGCCACCACCGGCAUGAGCGGCGCCAUUCCAAAUCGAUGUCCCGGAGCCGGCGCAAGCGGCUGCCGCGCCAGGAGGUGCUGCCGAAGCCAGUCACGUCAGUGCUGGUGAAACGGAGGCAGAGUGAGGAGUACGGCCUGAAGCUGGGGAGCCAGCUCUUCAUCAAGCACAUCUCCGAGGAUGGGCUGGCGGCCGAGCGCGGCGGCCUGCGGGAGGGAGACCUCAUCCUGAAGAUCAACGGGGUGGCCAGUGAGAACAUGUCCCUGGCUGAUACCCAGCAACUCAUUGAGUGCACGGAGGGGAUCCUGACCCUGCUCGUCCUCCGGGACCACCGGCAGUUCCUGGUCAACAUUCCUGACCUGGCAGACAGCCACAGUGGCAGCUCCCACAUGGAUGACAUUUCUGACAUCGGCUCUGAACUGUCCCAUCCACCAUCUCCUGUGAGCUCCCCACCACCUGCAGCUGCCACCAGGAUGAAUUCACCACCAGAAAGGAGACGGACAAAGAGGGACCCUGACACAAAUGCAGCCGAUGCGCCAGACCCUGACCUGCUGGGCGCUGCAGAGGAGGAUGGUCCCCACAGCCACUACACCAGCCCUGCUGCCCGGGCUGCCAGCACGGAGGGGUAACGGCCCCGCAAGGGGUGGCAGGGACAGGCUGGGCUCGUGGAGUUGGUGAAGGCAAAGAGCAUCGGCCUGCGCCUGGCUGGUGGCAACGACGUGGGCAUCUUUGUGUCGGGCGUGCAGGAGGGCAGCCCGUCUGACAGCCAGGGCAUCCAGGAAGGGGACCAGAUCCUGCAGGUGAACGACGUGCGGUUCCAGAACGUGACGCGCGAGGAGGCUGUGCAGUAUCUCGUGAGCCUGCCCCCGGGCGAAGAGGUCACGCUGCAAACCCAGAGGAAGCAGGACAUUUACAGGAAGAUGAUCUCAUCCAACGUGGGCGACUCGUUCUACAUCCGGACCCACUUUGACUUCGAGAAGGACACUCCGUCGGGGCUCAGCUUCGUCCGCGGUGAUGUCUUCCAUGUGCUAGACACCAUGUACCGGGGCAAGCUGGGCAACUGGCUGGCUGUGCGCAUGGGCAAGGACCUGCAGGAGCUGGACAAGGGCAUCAUCCCCAACCAGAGCAGGGCUGAGCAGAUCGCCAGCCUGGAACCCGCACUGAAAGCCACGGCUGGUGCCAAUCCCUCCGGAGCACGCGCUGAGUUUUGGAAGCUGCGGGGUCUGCGGGGAGCCAAGAAGAUGCUGCAGAAGAGCCGGGAGGACUUGUCUGCCCUCACGAAGCAGGGCCGCUACCCCCCGUACGAGCGGGUGGUCAUGAAGGAAGCCAGUUUCAAGCGGCCCGUGGUGAUUCUGGGCCCCAUCACAGACAUUGCCAUGCAGAAGCUGAGCACAGAGUGCCCCCAGCUAUUUGAGAUUGCUCAGAGCGUGCCCCGGGAUGGGGCAUCGUCCAAGGUCAUCAAGCUGGACUCGGUGCGGCUGAUUGCAGAAAAGGGCAAGCACGCGCUGCUGGACAUCACCCCCUCAGCCGUGGAGCGCCUCAACUACGUGCAGUAUUACCCCGUGGUGGUGUUCUGCGAGCCCGAGAGCCGCCAGGGCAUCAAGGCCAUGCGCCAGUGGCUGGCGCCCGACUCCAAGAAGAGCUCGCGGCGCCUCUGCGCGCAGGCCAGCAAGAUGAGGAAGUACUGCAGCCACCUCUUCACCGCCACCAUCGCCCUCCGCGGCAGCGGCAACGCUUGGUACCAAGAGCUCAAGGACAUCAUCAAGAUGCAGCAGAACCAGCCCAUAUGGACGGCGGAGGAGCAGGUGGACGGGGGAGUAGAAGAGAGCCUGGACAUGCUGAAUCCGUCGAGUGCAGCCACCUCUGGCUACCUGACCUGUGACAGCCACGCCACCAGCGACUACGACGACACGGACGGCGAGACAGGCCCCUACACUGAUGGCGAGGCAGAGGAUGACUAUGACCAGCCCGCGCUAGCCCGCUCCUCCGAGCCAGCGGAGCCAUUCCAAGCAAACAGCCUGAUGGAGCAGGCGCAUCUCCCUGCGCCAUUCAUAGAGGAGCAGCCACAGGGCCAGCGGAGACAGCACUACGACAGCAUCAGGGAAUACGAGCGCGAUGCCGUCAGGAAGAGGUUCACACGGGCCCGGGAUGACUCGGACGAGGACGAUGGCUACGAGUGGGGCCCGGCUACAGACGUGUAGCAGG